AUGCCUAUUAUUCCUGCUCGUCGGUUCGCGAUACAGCGACUGCGCCUCGGCCAGUUGAUUAAGAUCAUAGACUCCUCCGGAGGCCAGGUGAUUGACACCUGGGCCUUUUCCAUUCCACAAACACCCGCUUUUCCAAGAUAUAUGUCAAUGACUCACACUCGGUCGACCUUGCAUAAACUUCUUCCGUCUAUUCACGAGUCUUUCCUUGACAACAAACGAAAUCCUAUUCUGACGAUCGUCGAAGACACAUCUCCUGGCAUACACGAUGUUCUCUUCGCCGCGUGUUCUCCGGAACGCUAUCUUCAACUAGGUGCUGACAAAGAGCAUGAUAACUGCGCCAAAAAUCUCCACGACGCCAUAGAGCAAUGCACAGAACCAUCUUUCAACCACAUUAUGAAGUUUCUGGAGAGUGGCUGGAUGCCUGAUCCACUGAAUUUAUUCAUGAAGGUGGAUAUUCAUGGCAAUAUCUUGCAAUGUUUAAACCCAGAAAGCAAGGCGGGGGAUUACAUUGUGUUAAAGGCGGAGCAAGAAUGUGUCAUAAUAAUGAGUGCUUGCCCGAUGGAUUUGAGCGCUUGCAAUGGGGGCGAGCCUAGCAGCGCGAAAUUCGAAGUUAUUUGA